CCUGGGGGACAGAGGGGGACCCGGGGACGACAGUCAGGGCGGCAGGGUGCAGCCCCACCUUCCAGACUUGGAGGACUGGGCCUAGCAGCACUACAGUCUUGAGUCAAGGAGCAAGGAUGCCAGGGACUUCUCGGCAGGCUCUCCCCCCAUCCACCGCAAGCAGCUAUCAGCCCCCUUCCAUCACCAGUCAGCCCUGCUCCAUCUCCUCGGGCUGAAUCACUCCAUGCGCCAGCCAGGCCCUGUCUCCCUUCAUUUCCUCCCUGCCCUUUAUUUGACAUUCCUUCCCGCCACCCAUGGCUCCUGCUUCUCCUAGGUUUCCAGUGAAGGGGCUGUCAGAGGUGCAGAUAUCCACUCUGCUCUGGGAGGUGGAGGCGAGAGCACUGCCCCCUCCCAGCUGCGGUCUGGCUCCUGCCAGGACAAGAGAGAAGGGAGCCCUGCCCUAGACACAGCCUCAGUCAGCCCCCACACUAGGAGGAGAGAAACAAGCAUGAGGCCACUCGCCUCCUAAAAAUACACACCAGGGCUGCUGGAGGGCAGGGCCCGUGCCUUCUUUUAUGAUCUUGCCAGCACAGUGCGGGGGAUUAAAGAGGGCUGCUAUAUGUUAAUAAUCGAAAGAAUAAUAAACAACCAAACCCCCAGCCAGUGUUGUGAGGUCGAGAGGCAGCUCUACAGCCGACCUCGGACCCACCAACUCCACGCCCUGAUAAGGUCUGCAAUGGGAAUGAAAUCACUUCUUCCAUCAGUAUAGCUGAAGCUGUGUGAAGCGUGAAGCCCACCUGAGUUGGCACAGAAGUGAGCCAGGCCAGUGGGGCCACAGAGCAGAGACAACUGCCGGGCCCUGUUCUGUGGCAGACCCAGCAAGUACAAGUCAUGAAAUAAGCCAGGGGGAAAGUUCAGUGGUCAGUGACCCGGGUAAUAGGAAGGGAGUUACUGGGGUUAAGAUGCCAGACCCUGGCCAACUAGUUUGAAGUAAGGGCUGUACAGAACCAGGAAGUGUGACUCAGCCCAGAUCCCCCUGCUUCUCUGACAGUUCCAGCCUCCUCGUCUGUCCCAGGCUGCGGCAGCUCUGAGGACAGUAGCCCUCCCCGCCAGGCCCACCUACCUAAGGUUGGCCCCGGGCACCGCUGACAAUUCAGGGCAGCCCCCUGGGGCCCAACCCUUUCCACAGAGGAAGGACCCCAAAGAAGGCCCAGGUGGCCCAAGGGGAAGGACUGGAGCAAAGCAGGACAGGAGGGAGCAGGACCCCGGCCCUCAACUGCUCUCUCCUGCCCUGAGGCUAUGGGAGUAAAUCCAGGAAGAUGAGCAAUGGCCAGACUGGGUGCCAGGCCAAGGGGAGAGCAGUUCUCCCUCCCCAAGGUGAUGCUGCUCUGCAGAGCGACUUCGCAGUCACCCUGGCCUGCCCAGAGCCCAGCUGUGGGAGGAGUCAGCCCUUUAUAAGCAUGGGGCUACUCCCCUUAACACACCCUCUGCCUCUUCCCCCUCAUUCCUGCAGGCUUGGCUAAUGAGGGCCUGUCACCAGGCCCCACGACUGAGUCACCCACACUAGUGACAGGUCUCCCUUCCUUCCCCAACAACUGUUCCACAUGCCUGCCUUUCAAUUAAUUCCCACCCUCUUGGGGCUCCUCCCUCCCGGACACUUGGGGGGCAGGAGGGGUUUGGGGAUCCAGGCCCGUGGGCUAGGGCUCUGGGCAGAGAGGCUGUGGGGAAAAAGGAAGCAACGUGGUGACACACAAAGCAGGGCUGCCCCCAGAGAGUCCUCAGGGGAAUCCGAAGCUCCCCAGUGCCCUGGGGUGUUGGCCAUAGCUGGCCCAAUCCCAGCCCACGGAUGCUGCAAUUACCUAAGCAUGAAACCCGGCUUCCCACCUGCCUGAGUCACCUGAAAACAACAUAUCCCCACUGCUACACACUGGCACAAACAGCCAAGCCACUAAUCAGCGUCUGGGAGCUGCUGCGGAGAGGCCAGCUGCAGGGGCCAGGGAGGGAGGGUGAGCUCAGGCCCACCCGCAGCCACCGCGCCGGGGAAGCAGUCCUGGCCACUCUAGCACCGCAACGCCCAUCUCCAGCGCCCCAGUGGGGCUGCCCGCACUCCGACUCCAGUAAGUGCUGCUUCUUCCUCUUGGGGUUUUCCCCCACUGCCUGAUCAAGUAACCAGGCCACUCCUGUCCCUCUGGGAAACUCCUGUCGCCAGGAACUCCCACCCCUCUGCUCUCCUGGACAAAAGCGCCCUCUUCCCAGGACUUCUUGCCACCAUCCAAGAUGCUGGCCCAAAGUCUGUGCUUCUAGCCAGGGCUGUCCCCUGGCUCUUGCCAGUCACUGCUUCAGCAGGGACCUGAUGUCCCUAGCUACUCUUGAACUGGGCUGCUGAGGUACCAGGCUUGUCUGCUGGCUCCCCUGGGUGCCAUGGAGACCUGGCGGAAAGGCUCCUUCCGCAACGCCUCCUUCUUCAAGCGGCUGAGCCUGGGGCGGCCGAGGCGACUCCGGCGACAGGGCAGCGUGCUCAGCCAGGCAAGCACGGCUGGCGGGGAUCACGAGGAGUACAGCAACCGAGAGGUCAUCCGGGAGUUGCGAGGGCGGCCGGAUGGCCGGCGCCUGCCUCUGUGGGGGGACGAGCAGCCCCGGGCCACCCUGCUGGCCCCACCCAAGCCUCCCCGCCUCUACCGAGAGAGCUCCAGCUGCCCCAACAUCCUGGAGCCCCCACCUGCCUAUACCACUGCCUACUCGGCCACCCUGCCCUCAGCGCUGUCCCUGGCAGGCGCCCUCCACCACUACUCUGAGGACGACCUUCUGGACACCCCCCCCUUCCAGGGGACACCUGCUCCAGACCUCAGUGACCCCUUCUUCUCCUUCAAAGUGGACCUGGGGAUUUCACUUCUUGAGGAAGUUCUACAGAUGCUGAGGGAGCAAUUUCCAAGUGAACCUAGCUUCUGAAUGGGGUGCGGGUGGGCAGAGGUGGGGUAACCGGAAGAGCCGGAAGCCUGGAAGGAGGGUACAGUUGCAGAUUAAGAAAAAGGUAGGGAUAGGAAUCCAGGAUCCUGCCUGCCUUCCAGGUCCUGAACUGUCUUCCAUGUCACCCUGGAGCGGAGGGACAGAAGGACAGAGGCAAGCUGGAAAUGCUGUGAGGGGGCACUUGCUGACAGGAGCCCUAAAGGCAGCUGGCUAGGCUGGGAAAGGGAGGCCACGCCUGUAACCACAGGGAUGGGGCAGAGGCCAGCUGAGGGGGAGGGCAGCACAAGGGGUGUGUCGGGGAGUGGAGGAUAGGCAGACCACACAGGUCAGACGGGUGCCCAGCACCAGCCCCCUCUGAAGCGACUACUGAUAGAGAGAAUCACAGGACAGGACUGGGCAAAAGUGGUCUGACCCACGAGCUACAUGUGGCUGUUCAAACUGAAAUUAAGCAAAAUGAAAAAUUUAGUUCCUUGGUUGCACUGGCCACAUUUCAAAUGUUCAACAGCCACAUGUGACGAAUGGCUACGACAUUGGACAGUGCGGGUUGAACAUGAACAUCACUGGAGAAAGCCCUAGUGGGCAGCAUGGGGCUAGCACGGGUCUAGACCAUGGCCUGGAGCCAUGAGUGCCAUGGUGGGGGGAGGGGGACAAACAGGACCUGAAGCGGAGGGGAGGGGCUGGAAGAGUAGGAAGAGCCAGGCAGGUAGAGGUGCAGAGUACAACUCGGGGGUGGGGGGGGGGGAAGGCCAAACAAAUCAUUUACCAAAAAGGGACAAGAGAGACAAGCUGCCAACGCAGCUGCCCAGAGAACUCCCUGGUGCCCGAGGAAGGAGGCCAUUGGCAAUGCCAGCCAAAGGCACAGGCACAGCCUGCAAAGGGGUGCUUGGGGGAGUUCCCAGAAUUAUUAGUAAUGGGAACCCUUGGGAAAUGUAGAAGGAACAGUGGCAGAUUUCCCUUUCUGCCCCAAGAGCAUAGGAGAACUGGAUCAGGGGAUGGACAUGAAACUUGUGGCUGUUACCGUGAAGAAGCUCAGGGGGUCUCCAGAAUCCUCCACCAGGACUGGGGAGCUCUGCCUUGCCUGAACCCCCUGAUGAUGGAGGCCUGCCACCCAGAGCCGCGCCCACUGGUCAAGGCCAAAGGCUGUGCUACUGCCCCCAUCUUGUGGCCUGGCCAGAAGAUUUGAAACCAGAACCCAGACUGGCUGGGCCACAUGGUGUGACACCCCAGGCCUCUCCAAGCCUGGCAGAGGCAGAGAGGAGGCUUCAACGCACAACACACGCUGCUUCCAUACCCAAGCCGCCUCCAUACCCAAGCCUACAGCCUUCCUCUUCCCUCCUCUGCACGCACUUGCAGAGUUGAAAGGCUCCCCUCUGGAAAAUGAAUAAAGUUCUUUGUAACACGGCCUAUGGCAUGUCAUCUGGGGCCGUGAAAUGCUGGGACUUAACAGUGGGGAAUGAGGUCUCUAAAGAACGGCUCCGACCAGUUCAUCCUUCUCCUCCCUCCAGACGUGGGACACACUCCUAGGGAGCUGCCCAUCCUCACAGCCAGCUGAGCGGCACACAGGACGGCAGGGAAGGCGGGGCUGAGGCCACGAGAGCGAAGCCCUGCGGCCCCCGGGGACCCUCUGCCCCGUGGCGUGGGCUGUGAACACAGCAGCCUGACGCGCCCACACAGAUCCACAGGCCAUUUCAGAGAAGGGCCAGCUCCGGGCUGAAGCUCUCUGUCCCACCAGCGAGGGCGGGAAAGAACCAGAACCAGCACUCUCAUCCUCCAGGCAAAACCAAACAACCUUCACAGUGAUGGGCUCAAGCUUUGACCUUCCUCCAUGGCUGAAAGGACAGCAGCGAGCGCCACCAUUAAACUCUGACCUCGACCUAAACAGUCCCAGCACCGCACCUGAGCUUUACAGUCUGGAUGACACCCUUGUGGUCUUCCUAGCACUUGUCAUCUAGGGAGCCCCCCCACAAAAAUGUGUUCCUCUCAAAAAUGGACAGGCAGGGCGGCCUGCUCACCCGAAGCCGCACUUCUGCCUCCAUGAGAUGCUCCCCGCUUCCAGGGCUUCUGGGGAGUGCUGCCCGGCAACCUCCAGGGCUAAGAGGGCCUUUCAGGGUGAGCUCCGAGAAGCCGGCCCGAUCCCCAGGUAGCGGAAGGACGGAAGGAUGUGGGUGGUGGUGCUGGCUCCCAGAGACUCAGCGCCCCCGCCAGAACCCCUUAAGCCCCUAGAGGCAUCUGUUCUUGCUGACAAGAGGUAGUGUGCAGUGGCUCAUGGGUCCCACAGGGGGUUUAGCUUUCGCUCACCUUUAGCUUGGGGGUUCCUCUGCCUUCAGGAUUUUCUGCCUUUCCUAAAAAAUUUGGGAAAAUUAGCAAGGUAGAAAAGGAGGGAGCCAGCAGGUUCUCUAAAGGAGACACAACCCAGAGCUCGAAGGACCUAUAAAAGGUCACUCCUUACCAAGGGUGGUAUCUGGCCUGCCCUGCUGAUGAGCUUGGUGGGGAAGGCAGAGGCAAUCCCACCCCCACCCCAAGGAGCUGCCACCUCAGGGCCGGUCUGCCUGGCUGCCUGCUGAAGGCCGCCAUUAGCACUCUGCCAACAAAGGCUUAAGAGAGAGGUGCGAACACCAUAGUUCCACAGAAACAAAGUAUCCCAGAGCCUUUCCCUUACGGAUCUGCUCCAAAAUAGAGCCGGCUCUGCUUAGGACUCAGACAAACAGGGCCCGGAGAUCUCAGGCAGAGUGAAAAACAAAUAGGCCCCAAGAAGUGGUGGGAAGAAGGGACAGGUGGUGCAUGUCUGAGUCAGGUGCCCCCAGGGUUCCAAGCAGAUGGAAGCCUCCAGAGCAACUCCACCAAGCAGCCAGAUGGAUUUAGGCUAGCACGCCUGGAUGCUCACCUCCUGCUCCAGCGUCCUGGUGCUCCGGCUCUCCUCCUCCUCCUCACUACCGUGGGCCUGGGCCUGCCGCUCUCGGGCCUCCAGGUCUGGGCACAAGAGUUGAGUGAGCCGAUGUCUGGUCUAGGCAGUUUCUACACGGCCGCAGCCUGACCAAAGUCUCAUGCAGGAUGAAACCACGGAGUGGCUCUACCCCCUCCCUCCAUGCCCAUGUGCUCCCCAGUUAGCCUUCGUUGAGAAAAGGCAUAGCACAGAUGAAGUAUAGGCUCCGGCUGAGUGGCCGGGGUCUGGAAGAGUUAACUCAGCUCACGCUGACCAAGCUGGUUUUCCGAUCAGUGAACAGGGUGUGGGUGGGUGCCUAUGUCAGCAGCCCAGGGCCAUGGGGCAGGGAUGCCAAGGGUGGAGCUUCUGGCCUGCUCCUGUGGUUUGGCACCACACUUCAACCUCGGCGCUGAUGCUUCUCCCACCACAGAGAUCAAGUCCCCACUGUCUCCCUUACCUCCCUCUCAGCUCACAUUUACCAAGCCUCACUUUGGACCCGACUCUGGUGGCACCUACAGCAAUGGCGGAGUCUGUGUGAGGACAUCACACCAUGUCCUGGAGCCCUUCCCACCUUCCAAGAGAAACCUGCUUGUGGCCCUAGGCCAGGCCAGCUGCUGUGACAAACCCUCCUCUCAGGCCUGGCACUCACGGCUUUCUUCUCUGGGCACUUUACUUACCUAGAAUUACCAGGAUUUUUUGUUUGUUUUUGAUAGCAAGAUGGAUGGACCAGGAUGGUGUGUAUACAUAUUAAAUAUAUGGAUGUCAGAUAGGCAAGAAGGGGAGAAAAAUUGGGUAAAGACUGCCUGGAGCAAUCAUUGCCGUGAUGAAAAUGUUCUCAAACUGAUUUACAGUCAUAGUUGCACCAUUUGGGAAAUUUACUCAAAAUCAUUGAAUUGUACACUUGAAAUGGUAGAUGUUAUGAUAUUCAAAAUACACCAUAAUAAAGCUGUUUGAAAAAAAAAAAAAAA